AUGGCUGUGCAAAACGGAUCUGGAGGUAUCAGCAGUGACCCAAAUGCUAACUCAGCAUUGGGAGGCAUAGAAAGAUGGAUCAAGAACAGAGAUUCAACCAAGAACAACAACUUAGUCGCCGCUGUGGUGGGAUGUGGUGAGUCAGAAAAUUCAUAUGAUAGGGAAAAUUACUUACAAAGGUUAGGAAACAUGGGUAGUUCUAUUCUUACUGGUAUUCUUGCUGCCAAUUCAUUGCCAGAUGCGAGGGAUAACACACCAGUUUCACAUAUUAUUGCUUGUACCAAGUCAGAAGCUUCAGCUUCCAGAGUAUACUCGGCAUCAAAAGACUCCAAGGCUGCAGAUAGACUUGCUGUCUUUUAUGAUAACAACUUAAAAGCUUUUCAAUUAGCUGAUGUUAUUAUCCUGGCAUGUAAGCCAUAUAUGGCCGAGGAAGUUCUCGGAGCUCCCGGUGUUGGCGAUGCUUUAGCAAACAAACUUGUCAUCUCAGUUUUGGCAGGGUCGACAACUGAGCAGUUGAAGGAGUUUGCGUUCAAAGGUAGCUCAGACACAAAAGGGUGUGCUUUUGUCAGAAGCAUGCCAAAUCUUGGUGCACAAAUCAAGGAAUCAUCAACUGUUAUCUCAACUGGAUCGGAAACCAUUUCUCCAAAAUACGAAGAGGCUAUGAAAUGGAUCUUUCAAAGUAUUGGUCAAUAUACAUAUGUACCCGACAAUGUGUUCCAAGUUGCAGGUGUCCUUGCUGGUUGCACUCCAGCAUGGUUUCUUACUGCCUUUGAUGGGAUCCUCGACGGUGCUGUUUCCGAAGGAAUGAGACGAGAUACGGCGACUGAAAUUUUGGCUGGUUCUAUGCUCGCAGCCGCAAAGUUAAUACAGAAUGGUGAACAUCCUGCUGUUCUGAGAGAGAAGGUUUCAUCUCCCAAGGGUACCACGAUUCAAGGUCUCAAAACUAUUGAGAAAGGUGGUGUCCGAUCAACAUACUGUGAUGCAACCAUUGAUUCGGUUCAACACGGAUUGAAUAUGGGCAAGAAAUAA